UCAGUCGUUCAUUUCCUGUCAAUAGUUUAUACUAGAUCUAAAAUUAACAAAGACGCGGAAGUUAUGGAAAAAAAAAUAGUGUACGAAUUCGGAAAUUAUUUGUGUGUGGAUUGAGUCAUCAAAAAGCGUAUUAGAACAUGGCUCAGUCAAGAAGAAGAGGCCAGAUGUGUUGUGUCUACGGAUGUGUAAAUUGCCGCUAUGACAAAGAGAAUGCAUUGUCUGAUAAUCAUUUUUUUAACAUUCCAAAACAUGUUCUAGAAAACAGAAAACAAAAGCAACGUUGGUGCGCAUUAAUAAAAAGACAAGAUGGGCUUGAUGGGUUCAACAUGACUCCAAGAACUGUGAUUUGCCACGAACAUUUUCUUGAGUCAGAUUUUAAGAAAGCCUUAGGUAGUAAGCGAUGGACUUUAGAACCUGGAGUAGAGCCAUCAGUUUUCAACUGGUCAAAAGUCAGUGAACGAAAGCCUCCAAAGAACCGCCUGCCAUUGUCGCCAAGCAAGGACCAAGCAAAUCUGAUGGUGGAUGCACCUGUGUCGCCAGACAAUCAUCCAGAGUUUACAGCAGUCAAGUUGCCUCAAAUGGCAGAUAAAGCAUGCCAAACGGAAACAGAAGAUUUAAUUGCAGAGGUUAGUGUGCAACCAGUAUCAUCUAAACACUGUGACCAUGAAUAUUCCACAUUAAAGUCGUUCACAGACGUGGAACUUCUUAGCGAACAGUUAAAAGCGUGUCAGGCAAAGUGUGAUUAUUUGGAAAAGACAAUUGAUGAAUUAAAUGCAACCAUCAGUGAAUUUGAAGCCAAUAGGUUUUCCUUAGAAAAAAUAAGUGAUGACAAGCAUGCAGUGAUGUUCUACACAGGCUUUCCAAACAUUGAAACAUUUAAUGCUUUUUUUAAAUAUUUAGAGACAAAAAGUGAGAAACUUAAUUAUUGGAGAGGGCGCAGUGAGUCAGGGGAAGAUGCUCCAAAACACCAAACACACAGUACAAGCAGACCUGGGAAAAAACGGGCAUUAUCAACAAAAGAAGAAUUGUUUAUGGUGCUUGUAAGGUUAAAGGUUGGGUUGUUUGUAAGGGACAUUUCUGAACGUUUUGGGAUUUCUCAAGGACAUUUUUCAAAAAUCUUCACAACUUGGAUUAUUUUCUUGUCUCAUGAACUUCCGGGCUUAUUCAUACCACUUUCAUGA